CCGAACUCCCAACCACUGUUAAGAGUUUGUAAGGCUGUAGAUACUAGAUAGCUUACCACCAUGUUCUGAGAAACUCUUUGGCUCAGCCUCGCUAUCAAAAGUCACCAUGUCCAUAUCCAUCGCUCUCCUUUCCCUCUCUUCUCCUCCAUCUACUCUUCUCCCCAAAACUCAUUUCUUCUUUACCCACAAACCCACUCUUUCACUAACUUCCACAAGACCAUCUUUCUUCACUUUCAGGGCCUCAGCAGCUGACAAUGGAGCUGGAGUCUCAGCCCCGGCUGCCACCGUGGAGGAACCAAAGGUCCCCGAAGCUCCAGAGGGCUCCGUGGGGUCCAAUGGAGCUGUGGAGCCCGAAGAAGUGAUGGUUUUGACCAAGUUCGGGGACCCCAAAUGGAUUAACGGAACUUGGGAUUUAAAGCAGUUUCAAAAAGAUGGGCAGACCAAUUGGGAUGCUGUUAUUGAUGCUGAAGUUAGGAGAAGAAAGUGGCUUGAGGAUAAUCCAGAAUCAUCCAGUAAUGAUGACCCUGUUGUUUUUGACACCUCAAUUAUACCUUGGUGGGCAUGGAUGAAGAGGUUCCAUCUACCCGAAGCUGAACUUCUUAAUGGCCGUGCAGCAAUGAUAGGAUUCUUCAUGGCUUAUCUAGUUGACAGCUUGACCGGGGUAGGUUUGGUCGACCAAAUGGGCAACUUCUUUUGCAAGACUCUAUUAUUUGUUGCUGUUGUUGGGGUGCUUCUAAUCAGAAAGAACGAGGAUAUUGAAACUGUGAAAAAGCUUCUAGAUGAGACAACCUUUUAUGACAAACAAUGGCAAGCAACCUGGCAGGAUGAGACUUCUGGAGGUAACAAAAAGGAGUAGUCAGAUUGCAGUUUAUACUUCGAGUAUUUGUUCUCAAUUAGUAUUGCUGUAAUUUAUCUAAGCUAGUGAAUGAUAAAGACUUUGAGUUGCUAUCUCUCACGCAUUUCAUACUUCUGAGUUUAGUAUGUAAUUUUAUGAACAUCUUUUCCUUAAUGAAUUCUGUGCAAUGGAAGAUAUUGUUGCCAUUGA